AUGAACGAUUAAUAAAAUAACGAAAAAGAAACUUACGAAGGCUAUACAAAUGAAGUUUAUUACUUCUAACGAAAUGUCUAAAGAAACUUGUAUCAUUAAAUUAUUGAUAAAAUUAUUAAUGAUAUAGUUAGUUUAAGUUUGACAACAGAUUAAGAAAAAAAGAACAAACUUAACAUGGAUAUAAAAACUUUUGCUACAAUAUUUUCUCUCUAAAGCUUUUUGUUAGAUAAUUAGCUUAGUGUUAUACUUGGAAAUCAUAGAGAGUAUGAAAAAAUGAAAGCAGAAAUUGAAAAAUAUGAAAAUGCAGUUGACAUGAGGGCAAAGGCUGAAAUAUAAAAUCUCUAUUUACAACAAUCUUUACAAAAUAUGGAUUUUUUAAAAAAGAUUGAUAUUAAUUAAUUAUCAUCUGAGUAGAAGCAAUGA